AUAAAUAUAUAAUUCCUGUAUAUAUACUAAUUUAAGAGUUAUCUGACAUAAAGUGAUUGGAUUAAUGAGAUAUAUUUGUAAAGCAGUCGAAAAUGUGUUCAUAUAGUCAGAGUGCCAACUAAUCGGAUUUUUAUUCUUCAAGUGUUUUGUUUUCGUUUCCUUGCAAGUUGUAGAACAAAUUAUUCCAGUAAAUUGUAUUUCUCCAUAUGGAAAAUUCUAUCCAACGAGCGAAAAAUGGAACUCAUGUUAGCGACAUUAUGUUUUUCGUUCAAUCGACCUUAAGCUAUUUUUCAAACAUAUAAAAUUUAAUUUAAACUUAUUUCACCGCUACCGGGAAUUUUAUUUUCGAUUAAUGCACAAGUAGUCUAACAGUUACCUCUACUGCAACAUAAAUUAAUGAAAAGGGAAGAUUUCAAUUGUUCCAUGAAUGAGAAAUGAGUAUAAAUAAAUUAUUCUUAUUUAUCUGUUGUAUGUAUGUGGGUUUGUGUGCGUGUUUAUGAAAAAAUUACCUAUUCUACGAUAUAAAUUAAUAAGAAAAGUAUUUUUGUGUACCCUACCCUACUUCUAUACGAUUCUCAUGAAUUUAAAUAAGACAUACUGGUUUCCAUGACUCUUAUGCAUGUGUGCAUAUGUUUUCUCAUAUAACCAUAUAUAUGUAUCUUCCGCUAACCUGUUCUUUACUUCUUUUAUUAUUUCAGUGAUCCUAACAUAUUAAAUUAUUUUACAUCCCUCUUGUAAAAUGGCGAUGAAACAAUCGUACGUGUGGAUGUGAAUUUCCGGAAUUUAUGCCUCUGCAGUUUUCCAUCGAUUUUCAUCUUGCGCCAACAACAGACUGGGGAUGAAAAGCCAAACAUAUAAAACGGAUUUGAUAUUCAAAAAAUAUGCAGAAACAAGAAAAAAGGCGCGAACUGCGCCUAAAGCGAUUCUGGCGCUCGCCAAAAACAACAUCCUCGGAGGAUUCGAAUGGCUAUGAGAGCCCGACCCGAACAAAACCAGCCAGUGAUGCACAGCGUUUCAAUCAUCUGCACUACACCAGCCUCUCCCAGGGGUCGGGCACCACCUCAUCCUCCACUGCGGCAGCAGCAGCUGCAACGGGCAAUGGAGCAUCGAGUAGCAACAAGCCAUCCUGUUCGCUGCCGCUGCUGCAGGUGUGGCCCAGCCAGGACUCACCGCGCGGCGAAGCGGAUGGCCAAUCUUUCAUCUUUCCCGCCAUUGUGGAGACAACUGUCGGCAGCACCAAUGUUGCAUCUACCAGCAGCAGCAGCAACAACAACAACGACAACAACGACAGCAACAAUUCCGGCUGCAGACGCAGCAACAAUCACCUGACACUGAGAACAGAGCGGCGCAGCUCCUUGUACUGUGAUACCCUGCACGCAGGCGAUUCUGGCAUAGAUUCCGUGCAGGCAUCGCCCUCACCGAACGCGUUUAUAACGCCACCGGGCGUACAUGGACUGCCCAGUGGCCAAACGGGCGGCGGAUCAUGUCAUGUGUCGCCGACCAGCACGCCCACGCAGGGCUCACCAAAUCUGUCGCUGGGUCGGCGGCACAUGCGGAACAGCAUCUGUGUGGUGUCCAGCGGGGGAGGUGCCAAUUAUCGGCGGAAAUCCAGUGCGCUGCUGCAUCCUGAUCAUGCGCGUCUAUUUGCGCUCCGAAUGAAGCAUGCGGCGGCCCUGGAGCGAGCGCAAACCUCACCGGAUCAGACAUCCAUUGAGGAUGCAAAUGAGUUCCAUGACAAUGGGCUGGCCACCAAUUUGCGUUUGUGCUCGGCCUCGUCGUCGACGACGUCGUCGCUGACAUCCGUGGCAGCGGUCAGCCUGGGCGGGGGUGUGGCAGCUGCUGGUGUGGGUGGCAGUGGGUGUGGCAGCAGUGGCGGCAUUGCCACCGCCAGCAGCGGCGCCUGCUCCUCCUCCGCUUAUGCUGUCGGGGCGGCGGGCGCACAGCAGCGAGUCUCCGAUCCUUGGCUGCAGCCGCAAUCCGAUCGUGACUCGCGACACGGACAUCAGCACGAUGGACGGCGGCGUUCAUCGACAAUGACCGCCCGUUAUUCACUCUUCGAUGCACUCGAUCUGGAGUACGUGCUGCUCCGGGCGGCGGCGCGCGGCUCUGUGGGUCCCUACUCGCUAAGCGAGUCCAUACACAAAUUGACCUUCACACAGUCGCUGGCAUUUCCAGCGCUGGCGCGCGGUCUAGCCACCAAGCGCCGGAGAUCGGCUACGCACACCAGUUCCAGGCCGCUAAAUCCGCACGAAUCGGGCUUGAAUACGUGCGCAAAGGUUGUAACCGCUGUGGUCCUGGUGGCCAUAUCAUUUAUGGUAUUUUUGAUUGUGUACAAAUUCGUGCGCACGUGAGGUUUGCUCCUGGCCCCGACGCCAGACUUCUCCGUCACAUAUCAGACGAGCCCAAGCAAUGGAGUGGAUGCCUCCACCUCAUUCUUGUUGUCGUCCACAACGGCGGGUCGCAGUCUGGGCAAACAUUUGUCGGGGUUCAGGAACCAAUUGGGCCUCAAAGAGGCCGACUUUGAGUAACACUCAGCGGAAAUUGUAAAAUGCAGUAACGAAAAAUUUGUGAUAAACUUUUCAAAUGAUAUACAAAUUUCCACACACACACCCACACACACACAUACACAAACACAUACAAAAUUAAAAAAACAAGGCUUAAAACUAGUAAAAGUUAAUCGCUUGCAAGAGUUUCAAUUGCAGUAAUAACAUUAUCAUAAAUGAGCAUUUUAAAUUUAAUUAUUUUUAUAUCAAUAAACUGUAAGUGCUUCAACUCGCUGCUAAAAACGCGCGUGCGCUUCAAAAUCGCUAGGAAAACGCGCAGGCGUUACUUUUCGCAUUUCUUAGCGUAGGAAACUUAUUUACCAUCAAUAUAUUCACUUCAUUGUUUAAAGUGCCUAACUAACUAACUGUUGAGCUAUAAAAUGUUUGAUUUCAAAAACGAAUUUACCAUUUUGAAAGUUCCAUUAUAAAUUGACAGCAGGUUCGAUAAAAAGUUUAUAAAGCAUUUUCUAGUCAAAACAAUUUUAAUCAAAUAUUUCGUACGUAUAUUUCGAGUUUCAAAAUUGUGCUACAGAUGCAACAUUUUUAUUUAUGCUCUUAUAUAUAUUUAUGUGGUUCGAAAUUGGAAGAAUUGGUGAGUUUUGCUAUU